UAAUGUCCGCGCUGCGGACUCCUCCCCGUUUGGAGCGACCAUGCAGCUCCGCACACAACAUCAUUCAGAGCUGCUCCUCUCAGGCCGCUGGGGGAGCACACUACACGGGACGGCGAAAAAAGUCAAAGGGUUAACUUGGAUACACACGCGGCGGUGUUUUGAUUAAAAAACCCAUCCAACUGCACACUGAACCGACUUUGUUAUUCACGGGAAGAAUUUCCCUUGAUAUGGGAUUUGUUUCGAAAAGUACACACGAGCGUAGUUGAAGGAUAUAACUCCAGUAUGCGGCAGUUUUGAAACAAAGGGGUCUGGAGCGCCGUUGUCUCAGUGGAUUGGGGCCCUUUCUGGAUGGGAAAGAUGGAAUCGGAGGGGCAGUGGUGGAAAAGCCAGCUUGCAGCGGACAUCCAUCAGGCUUUGCGAAUUAAGGAGCUGAAGUUGCCAACGUACCAGGCCCAAUCUCCACAGAUCGGGAUGCGGCGGUACUUUGCCGACCUGCUCGCUGUUCUCAGUAACCGAUACCAGCUUUGCCCUACGGCACGUCAUCUGGCCGUCUACCUGCUCGACCUCUUUAUGGACCACUAUGAUGUAGCGGUGCGGCAGCUGUACGUCAUCGCCCUCUCCUGUCUCCUCCUGGCCAGUAAGUUCGAGGAGAAGGAGGACCGUGUGCCCAAACUGGAGCAGCUGAACACUCUGGGCUUCAUGUGCAGUCUGAACCUCACCCUCAACAAGCGUGACCUCAUCAAGAUGGAGCUGCUGCUGCUGGAGACGUUCGGCUGGAACCUGUGCAUGCCCACACCUGCCCACUUCAUCGACUACUACCUCCAUCCUGCUGUCCAGGAGGGGGAUCUGCACAACGGCUGGCCCCUCUCCUCCCUGUCCAAGACCAAAGCCUUCAUGGACAAAUACACGCACUACUUCCUUGAGGUUUCGUUGCAAGAUCAUGCCUUCCUGAGCUUCAGGCCUUCUCAGGUGGCAGCUGCCUGCAUAGCUGCGUCCAGAAUCUGCCUGCAGAUCUCCCCCAGCUGGACCACUGUCCUCCACCUGCUCACGGGCUACUCCUGGGAUCAUCUGACGCAGUGCAUCCAGCUCAUGUUACUCGCUCACGACAAUGACGUAAAAGAAGCCAACAAAUCCAAAUCGUCCCCUUCCGCCAGUCAGAGCCUCCAGCCGCAAGCUCACGUCCCCCACAGCCCCGCCACCCCUUCUCUGCAAAGGCAGCCCGCCUCCAGCUCCCAGCAGCUGCUCCUCCAGGCCAGCAGUUACCCGCAGCUCUCCCAGCACUCGCCGGCGUUAUCCCAGCUGCACAUGCUGGCCGACUGCCAGGCCCUGGGACCGGUGGGCUUGCCGCCCCCGAGGGGCUUCGCCUCGGACGCCGACCAAGAAUUUCCAAACGGAAAACCAACAGUCGAGUGGAUCCAACUGAGGUCAUAG